GCGUUUGGAGUAGACUUUUUUUAAUGAUGGGAUCUUGUCUGUUUUGACAAGCGAUGCCAGGUGAAAUGGCCUUGUCGACUCAGCCAGAUGAUCAUGACAGCCAUUAUGUCUUACUGGCUAAAAUUGACAACGCUAGAAACGUGUCUAAUAUCCUCAAAGCUAUACAUUUCAAAGAGUCCGCCACUGUGUUUGCCAGUUCCAUGGGUUUAAAGGUAACCGUGGAAGAUGCAAAGUGUGUACAGGCCAACGCCUUCAUCCAGGAGGGACUGUUCCACGAGUACCACAUCAGGGAGGACCAGGUCACAUUCAAGAUCAAUCUCACCGUGUUACUUGAAUGCCUGACCAUUUUCGGGACGAGUCCGGUACCUGGUAUGACCACCACACUGAAGAUGUGUUAUGGUGGCUAUGGGUGUCCACUCAUCCUCAUGUUAGAAGAAGAUGGAGUGCUGACUGACUGUAGCAUUAAGACUUUGGAACCUGAUGAAGUUCUAGAUUUCAACUUCAGUAGCACAAAUGUUCUCAACAAAAUUAUCAUGAAGUCAGAGUGCCUGAAGGAAGCAUUCAGUGAGUUAGAUAUGACCAGUGACAUCCUUCAGAUCCUCUUGUCCCCAGAUCAGCCAUACUUCAGGCUGUCCACCUACGGCAAUGCUGGCAGUACCCAUUCUGAUUUUCCUAAAGAUUCGGAUAUGGUGGAGUCUUUUUUAUGUACACAAACACAAACCAACAGGUACAAGAUCUCACUGCUGAAACCUUCUGUGAAGGCACUGACCCUAUCCACGCGAGUGUCUAUCAGAACUGACAAUCGAGGCUUCCUCUCUCUCCAGUACAUGAUCAAGAAUGACGAUGGACAGGUCUGCUUUGUGGAAUAUUAUUGUGCCCCUGAUGAAGAUGUAGAUGAUCCUGAACAUUGACAGCAACUCUUUAACUCUGCUUCAUCCAUCAUCAAGGCUUCAAUUCUUGUGAUUGUAGCAGCAUCAUUUGCUGUGAUUACCAUGGCAACAGAAAGACUCCAAUUAUGAAGAAAGCCAUAUAGUGACAUCAAAGUUUCAAUGUCAAUAUACAUUUGAUUGUCACUGGUGAUGGUUUUCUCCUAUGGUGAUUACCACUCUUUGGUUCGAGUGAUUACUGUAUGAUGACCUGGAUUUAUUUCUGGGAGUUGUCAUAUUGGCACGUUCGUGUGUUGCUGAAGGACACUUACAUACCUACCUGCUGUAAGCCCGGGGAUCCAACACAUCACUUCUGACUCCGAGUAGGGAAUUUUAUGGUACAAUGAAACAGUAUUUGUUGACAUGAUUACUGAACUACAAAUGGAAGGGCUGGGAUGAUUACCUGGCAUGAGCUGUAUAACUUAUUAUGGUAUGACUGAAAGUUUACUCUGGACCAGUGCUCAGUUUAAACCUACAGUUGAUUGUUUCAUUCAUCAGUACACUGUAUAAUGCAUGAUAAGAAUUGCGAUGGUUUUUCAUUUUUUUCCAAUCACUAAUACAUAUGUAAUACUGGGUAAGUGAUUGUACCAUUGUACAUCAUGGUGUUGUUUGUACAUUGCCUCUAACAUAUGUACAUACAGGAAUGUAGCAUGAUAGAAUAUUUUUUAUUGUGUUAUGACAUCUUUAUGUAAAGCAUUUGUUUUUUCUUUACAAAAAUGUAUGAAGGAAUGGAGCUGGCUAUCUUGGAGUAACAACCACUUUACUUAGCCUCCACUCCUCCACCUGGCCUCCACCCCUCCACAUGGCCUCUACUCCUUCACAUGGCCUCCACUCCUCCACCUGGCCUCCACUCCUACACCUGGCCUCCACUCCUACACCUGGCCUCCACUCCUCCACUUGGCCUCCACUCCUCUACCUGGCCUCCACUCCUCCACUUGGCCUCCAAUCCUCAACUUCUACACCCCUCCACUUGGCCUCAACUCCUAUACCCCUCCACUUCGCCUCCACUCAACUCCUACACCCCUCCACUCCUACACCCCUCCACUCCUACACCCCUCCACUUGGCCUCAACCCAUCCAUCCAUCUACCUGGCCUCCACUUCUCCAUCCCUCCACUCCUCAACUCCUACACUCCUCCACCUGGCCUCCACUUCUCCACCUGGCCUCCACUCCUCCACUUGGCCUCCACUCCUCAACUCCUCCUCUUGGCCUCCACCCCUCCACCCAUCUACCUGGCCUCCACUCCUCCAUCCCUCCACUUGGCCUCAACCCCUCCAUCCAUCUACCUGGCCUCCACUUCUCCAUCCCUCCACUCCUCCACCUGGCCUCCACUCCUCCACCUGGUCUCCACUCCUCCACCUGGCCUCCACUCCUCCACUUGGCCUCCACUCCUCCACUUGGUCUCCACUCCUCCACCCCUCCACCUGGCCUCCACUCCUCAACUCCUACACCCCUCCACUUGGCCUCCACCCCUCCACCCAUCUACCUGGCCUCCACUCCUCCACUUGGCCUCAACUCCUACACCCCUCCACUCCUCACUUCGCCUCCACUCAACUCCUACACCCCUCCACUCCUACACCCCUCCAUCUGGCCUCCACUCCUCCAUCUGGCUUCACUCCUCCACCUGGCCUCCACUCCCACACCCCUCCACCAAUUUAUUUUACCGGAGCCACUUAAUCAAUAUUGCAAUAUUAAAAGUUGCAACCAAGUGCCUUCAUGUAACCACUUCAUAAUGGUAGGUCAUUGUUUGCGGUAGAGAAACCCUUCCUAAAAGGAAUACUUAUCACCAGGUUUGUAGCUGUACUACAUAUUCUAACAACUUACAGUCAUAUGAUAAAAUAUCCUACAAGAUUACUUAAGAAAUAAAGAAAUUAAUAUGCAUAUAUGAGGAAGGAAAUGUUUCUGUUUGUGGUAGCUGUUAAACAAACCUCGAGUCUGUACCUACAGGGUUGAUAUUUUACUGGAAUAGACCUGAGCAUGGCCUACACAAGUCGUGGAAAAUACAGGACGACCCGCGACCAAGAGGGAAACCACAUCCAUCUAACAAGCCGAUCACGUACAAAUGGCUUCAUCUCCAGUGAUUUCAGUAAUGGAAAUGUUGAUUUUGCCUUUCAUAUGUAAUUCACGUAAUAUGUUUCUAUAUAGAAGUAAAAUCACCAAAUGUACUGAUAAUGAGUGAGACCGGUUUAUUCUGUGACACUUACAUUACAUUACAUUACAUGGUCAGAUUAGACAGGAUAUUACUGAAAUUAACUGUUAUAUGUUAUGUUAUAUGUUAUAUGGUGGUCGGGUUACAAUUGUCAGGAUGUUAAAUAACCGGUCUUGUUAUUCAGGGUGUUGGAAUUAAAUACUCGGAUGUCAGAUAGGACAUCAUGUAGGUAUACUUUUGUCAGAUUAGACAGGUUUCACAGUAAAAGAUGUUCAUUUUAACCUGUACAUACACAUUGUAUCAGGUACAAUGUCGAAAUAUUGUUACCAACACAGUAACAAAUGUUGUUCUAAUACAUGUAUAUUGAAGAUGCAUUUACAGAGAAAAAUCUGUAUUUGAUAUGUUGAAUAUUUGUCUAUUUUAUGAGUUGUCAUAUUGAAUAAACUAUAUUUCUUAUGA